AUGUGGUGGGUAGUCGUGCUCGUUCUCUCAACUUCAUCUCUUAAUGGCGACGAAAUCAAGCAACUUCCAGGAGCAAAGCAAUUGCAAAUCAGAUUCAAACAUUUUUCUGGAUAUUUUCAAGUUUCCAACAUUCAUUUUUUACAUUACUGGUUUGUGGAGUCACAAAAUAAUGUAGAGAAAGAUCCACUCAUAUUUUGGUUCAACGGAGGUCCAGGAUGCUCUUCUUUAGACGGUCUGCUCAAUGAAAUGGGACCGUAUCUGGUGAACGAAGAUGGACGAACACUGCGAAAUAAUCCAUUUACAUGGAAUAAGAUGGCUUCUAUAGUUUACAUCGAAUCACCAGCAGGUGUAGGAUAUUCAUAUGCAACUAAUGGAAAGAUUAAGACAACCGAUAGUCAGACAGCUCUGGAAAAUUAUAAGGCAGUCCAAGCAUUCUUCGAGAAGUUCCCGUCCUACCGUGAUCAUGCAGUAUAUAUUAUGGGAGAAAGCUACGGUGGCAUUUAUGUGCCGACGCUUGCUGCUCAUAUUAUACGAGAUUCAUCAAUCAAUCUGAAGGGUAUUGCAAUUGGCAAUGGAUAUGUGAAUGAAGUUUUAAAUAUUGAUACUUCUAUUCGCUUUGCAUAUGGUCACGGACUUAUUGAUGAGAAAACGUGGAAUACGUUAGAAAAGGAUUGCUGUCAUGGCUGUAUUGACACUUGUGAUCUGACAAAAGUUACUCUGGAAUUCUGCAAAAAUAUGGCGAGUAUUUUCGUCGAGAAAAUAUUUACAUUUUUGUGGGAAGGUGGUCUCAAUCCAUACGAUUUAUAUCGUGAUUGCGAUCCAAAUUCGGAAGAAAGUAAAACACGAAUCAACGCCAUGAAACGGAAUUUCGCUCCUACUUCCUUCGCUGCUAUGUAUAAAGAAGGAGAAAAUGAAAUUAAUUCAACUUAUUUUGUACCCAUUAAUCAUUAUGUACUUGGUGACGUACCGUGCUUGAAUGAUUCAGCUUUAUUAAACUACAUGAAUGAUGAGGAAGUGCGCCAUGCUUUGCAUAUUCCAUCUCAUUUGCAUAAAUGGGAUAUAUGCAGCAGUGAAGUCAGUAAGAAUUACGUGAGAAUAUACAAUGAUAUGGCUCCGUUCGUCAAACAGAUUAUCAGCGCUGGAGUGAGAGUAUUACUGUACUACGGUGAUACAGACAUGGCGUGUAAUUUUAUGAUGGGACAGCAAUUUUCUGCUUCCCUCAAGUUGCCUAGGAAGCAGAAAAAGGAAAAGUGGAUGUACAGUAAGCAAAUUGCCGGCUUCAAAACAGAGUAUGAAGGCUUGACAUUUUUGACUGUACGAGGUGCUGGACAUAUGGCCCCUCAGUGGCGCGCACCCCAAAUGCAGUACGUGAUUCAGCAAUUUAUCAGAAAUCAACCCAUCUAG